GCUCCCAUAUGGGCUGCACCGGUCUCCCCGGUCGUGAGGAAAGGAGAUGCGCGCACACGCACUAACGGACCUCGUGGAUACAGCUAUUUAGUUACAUUUCUUUAGCUUUUUUGUACUGUGUGGGUUUCUGACAAAUCCCUUAUUUCAUGACGCACUGUAAACGCUUCAGUAUAUGUAGGUCUACCGUAACGCUGCGUUGUUUUAGCCGCAUUGCAAUUUAAUUACAUUAUUGGAAGUCCCCGGCAUCUCACCGGAUGUAUCAAAGGAGAGUGUGAUCUAAAUAAGGCAGGAGAGUUAUCCCCCGACUGCAAGCAUGGAGACAGUCACUCACUGGAUAAACGACACGGUAGAUUUCUACAAAUGGAGUCUUACCAUAGCAGACAAGCGGGUGGAGACAUGGCCGAUGAUGUCAUCUCCAUGGCCCACUCUGGCCAUAAGUCAGCUGUACCUGCUCUUCCUGUGGGCCGGGCCUCGCUACAUGCAGAACAGAGAGCCCUUCCAGCUCCGCAAGACCCUCAUCGUCUACAACUUCAGCAUGGUCCUCCUCAACUUCUAUAUCUGCAAAGAGCUCCUCCUGGGUUCUAGAGCAGCCGGCUACAGCUACCUCUGCCAGCCAGUCAGCGACUCCAAGGAUGUCAAUGAGCUCAGGAUAGCGUCGGCGUUGUGGUGGUACUACAUCUCGAAGGGAGUGGAGUAUCUGGACACAGUGUUCUUCAUCCUGAGGAAGAAGUUCAACCAGGUCAGCUUCCUCCAUGUCUACCACCACUGCACCAUGUUCAUCCUCUGGUGGAUUGGCAUCAAGUGGGUUCCUGGUGGGCAAUCUUUCUUCGGUGCUUCCAUCAACUCAGGUAUCCACGUCCUCAUGUACCUGUACUACGGGCUGGCUGCCUUCGGCCCGAGCAUCCAACGCUACCUGUGGUGGAAGAAAUACCUGACUAUCAUUCAGAUGAUCCAGUUCCACGUGACUAUCGGCCACGCGGCCCACUCUCUGUACACUGGCUGCCCCUUCCCUAGCUGGAUGCAGUGGACUCUGAUUUGCUACGCCAUCACCUUCAUCAUCCUCUUCGGCAACUUCUACUACCAGACCUACCGCCGCAAGCCGCGCACCCCCGCCGCCAAGGCUGUCGCCAACGGCAACGUCUCCACACUAACCAACGGCGUCGGCAAGAUGACCGACGAGGUGAUGUCGGAGGAGAACGGGAAGAAGCAGAAGAAAGGAAGGGCAAAGAGAGAUUAGGGCCAAUACCAGGAGGAGAGGGGAGGGAUCUGUCUCGCCUGGACCAAUAAACACAGAGGAGGACCAGCCGGGGUGGGGUUUGAAGGCGGGGUUUGUGUAACUCCCACAGGUUAUGUUGAGAAUAUGAUUGAUUGACAGGAAGGGAAGAGGAUGUGUGUAGGUGGUGCUUCCGUUUCACUUCCUGUUGUGUGUCGCACUCUCCCUCUUUUCAGGUCCUCAGUACCGCAUGUACCUAACUGUGCAAUUUUCUUCAGUGUCUGUCUGUCUCUCUCUCUCUCUCUCUCUCUCUCUCUCUCUCUCUCUCAACACACCACAACACACACCAAACAGAGAUGCUCAGAUAUUCAUAGGAUAUGGAUUUUCUCUUCUCUCUCUUUCUCUCUCUCUUUCCCUCUCUCUCCCUCUCCUAUUCCUUUCAUUCUUGUCCUGUCAGUUUCUCCCCCUUUUCUUUCUUUUCGUACUUUUUUCUGCUUGUUCCAGCCCCCCCCCCCCCCCUUAUCUAUUUACCCAUCUAUCUAAUGUUAGCAGCACCCUCUCUGCUUGGCUUUGCUUCAACACCACUCACAGGGCACUAGGUCUGCAGGCGCUAGAUCAGGCCACCCUCUGUGCUUUCAGCAGGAAUCAAAGCUCUCGUCUGGUUUUUAGGAGGUUGGGACAGGUCUACUGUGUGAUACCUACAGUAGGCCUACUUGUGGCACCCUGCUGACGAGUGCUGCUGUAUAAACUGCAAUAACAAAAAGAAAAAGCAGACAUUACCAUUAUCAUGUUCAGUCUAUAAAUGUUAAACAAAAUGAUGGAAUGAUGGCCAUUUAGCCUAUCAGGAUUGAGGGAUGUCUUUGGCAACCUGAACACACAACUCCCAAAAGAUCUAACUCAAAAUAAACCAAAACAAUCAAAAUACAUGAUGAUAUAUGAUGCAGGAGAAACAGAAUCAGAUUUUUUGCGGGCCUCAAAAGCUGUGACGAAGGGGAAGGAGCAGAGCUGGGACCGUCUUGAGGCAAUUUUGCUGCCAAAUCACCAUACAACUCGGUUAGGGAUAGAACAUUCCAGAAUUAAGAACCCCCUGUGGCAAAAAAGAAAAUGUUAACUUCAUUAGCCUCCCACACAAGUGUGUGGUUUCAGUGCUGGGGACAGUAGUUGGACUUGGGUCUACUGGAGUGCUUUAUAACUGGAAUAAAACGGUAUUGGUCAAUAAGAGAUUUGUGCUAAAUAUGGGCUAGGUAUCUUUCAGAUUACAUGCAGGCUUUAUAGAAGGUUUUUUUUUUUUUUUUUUUUUUUAAACGUCUUUUAAACAGUACAAUGUAAACAUUCAAAUUUUUUUUUUUUUUUUUUUUUGGUUCUUUUUUUUGGUAAUGAAAUCAGUUUGUAGCCGUUUCAUUAAAACCCCAAAGAGCAAUUGAAUAUCGGAGCGUCUGACAAUAGCUGACUUGAUUUAGUACCUCAAGUCAUGUGUUAAUCAAUUGCAUUUGUGCUUGAUCAUGUAUGUAUUGUGGACUGUGUGUGUGUGCACUAGUGCAUUUCUGGAAGAUUACAUGCAGGUAUUUCUGUGAGAUUUUUGUGAAGGUCACCUGUGGCCCACAGAGACUAAAAGUAGUAGCCUGCUAACUGAAGGGCUUUUUAUUUGUUAUUUCAUGACAAAAACAGAUGCAGAUUAUACCAAAAUAAAGAAGAUGCCACAUCUUGCUAGUUA